GACACAUGUGUGUGCACAUCAAAGCGCGCGCGCGCCAAUGUAAUCAAAUUCGUUUGUGCGGCGUGCUUGCAUGGACGUGCACUUGCAAUCGGAUUGUCUAGAUUUCUUAACUACUUGUCUGCUACAUUUUCACUAAAUUCUUGACUCUUUUCAAUGCUGUUUUGAGAUAAAUCGGUAUGGUUAGUUAUUGAGGCUUAUUUUGGUCGCAGCUGACUGCUACCUUUGGUGCACAUCAUCCAAAAUUCAACCGUCUGGUUUACCACCAGUUCGAUCACGCCGAGAACUCCGGAAGGGAAAAUGGUUGCCGAAUGGAUUUCCUGCUUGGAUAAGCGGCCAUCAGAACGAACGGGCGAGGACCUGGACAUUAUCUACUCUCGUCUCAAAGAUGUCAAAGCCUUCGAGAAGAUCCAUCCUCUCCUGCUGCAACAGAUUUGUUGCUAUGGUUACUACGAAGAUCUGGAGAAGGGAAUUACACUAUUUCGACAAGGAGACAUCGGCACCAACUGGUACGCUGUACUUUCAGGAACGUUGGACGUGAAUGUCAGCGACAGAGAAAUUGGAAAUACAAAGGAGGCGGUUACGAUAUGCACGUUAGGCAUUGGUACAGCAUUCGGCGAAUCGGUUCUGAACGACUCGCCACGGCACGCUACCGUCAUCACCAGCGAGUUCUGUGAGCUACUCAGAGUGGAACAGAAAGAUUUCAAGAUGAUUUGGGAGAGGAAUCGGCAACUAAUGGAAGGAAUCCUUGCGCCCAAUCCUCUCUCUGUGCCUUCCAUCGUCAACCCCGCUUCCACCAGUCAACCAAAUCAGGCUUUGACCAAUCGAGGCAUCAGCAGCCACCAUCAGACGUACCACAGAUCUGAUAGCAUGUCUGGUCCGAGUUCAUCAAAAAGAACACAUGAAGGGGCCGAACCCAUUCAUCCAGCCCUUCCUAUUGUAAAGACCCCGUCAGAGCGUCUUAGCAGAGCAGGUUUCGUCCUACGCACCAUCCUCUUAACGCGCUCCCCACAGAUGAUCCGGGAUCGUAAAUACCACCUGCGAACCUAUCGUCGCUGCCUCGUGGGUUCCGAGAUGGUGGAUUGGCUGAUCCAGCAGAGCCCAAUGACGUUAGUUCACUCGCGGCAGCAGGCGGUCGGAAUGUGGCAGGCGCUUUUGGAGGAAGGGGUAAUUACGCACGUUUGCAGAGAACAUCCUUUCAAGGAUAAAUAUUUGUUCUACCGUUUCCGUGACGAUGACAUGGGCAUAGGCAGCCAGCCCGGCAACGCUGAGAAGAAAGAAGCGGAGGAUGAGUUCCAAGACACCUUGGUCGUCCUCGCCCAGAUCGGGCCGGAUGCCAUGAUGAGGAUGAUACUACGAAAACCCACACCUAUGAGAGCAUGGGGGUAUGAAGCCAUGGAACGGUCGGUGGAUGAUCUGGAGAUCAUAUACGAGGAGUUACUCCACAUCAAGGCGUUGGCCCAUCUGUCGACGAUGGUCAAGAGAGAACUCGCGAGCGUUCUGGUGUUUGAGACGCAUCAAAAAGCGGGAACAGUUUUAUUCAACCAAGGUGACGAGGGCAAAUCCUGGUACAUCAUCCUAAAAGGUUCGGUCAACGUGGUCAUCUACGGCAAGGGCGUGGUCUGCACCCUGCAUGAAGGGGACGAUUUCGGGAAGCUGGCACUGGUCAACGAUUCACCGAGAGCAGCGUCCAUCGUUCUGAGGGAGGAUAACUGUCAUCUGCUGAGGGUCGAUAAGGACGACUUCAACAGAAUCCUCCGGGAUGUCGAAGCCAACACGGUGAGAUUAAAGGAGCACGGCCAAGACGUCUUAGUCUUGGAGAAGAUUCCGACCAAUAGCGGCCAGCGACAGGACGGGGUGCCCAUACAUUACAAGUAUUCGGUCAUGGCCGGCAGCCCGGAGAAGAUGCUGGAGCAUAUCUUAGAAACGAGGAUCGACAGCAAGCAAGACGAGGCGGACACGUUCUUGGAAGAUUUCCUCUUGACACACAUUGUCUUCAUGUCCAGCAAGCAACUCUGCCCGGCCCUACUCACGCAUUAUCAUGCGGACAUCGUCCAGGCAACGGAACAAGAGACAAUUGAUUACAUCGUAAAUAACAAACGUCGCGUGAUCCGUCUGGUAUGCCAAUGGAGCGUCAUCGCGGGCUCAGCAUUCCAAGAAGACCCGAUUAUAACGUCUUUUGUGGAGACGUUAUUUUCAGCCAUCUGCGACGAUUGCCGCGUCUACAGCAGCCUGCAGGACGAGUUGGCCAAUCUAGAGAGAGUUCUCCACCUGGUUCGCAAGAUAGAGGAAGAACAGGCUCAUACAUGGCAGGUGCAACGACAGAGUAUUGUCGGCUAUCCUGGCACUGAACUGUUCAAUAUCAACUCCAAAGGUUUAGGUGAGUUCCAUCGUUCAGAAGACGACACACCAAGACGGAGACCCAUCAAAGCCACUGAUGAAAAUAUCUUCAAAGUGUACUGUGCAGACCACACGUAUACCACAUUAAGGGUACCAAUGAACACGACCGCCGGUACUAUCGUCAGAUCGGUGUCUGAGAAAAUGUGCCUAGGAGAGGACCUGGUGUUGUGUGAGAUUAAAUCGACAGCAGAGCGUAUCUUGUUCAAGGAGAACGACAUUUGCGUGACGGCAGGAUUGUCUCUGAACGGCAGAAUAUUUGUGUCACCGCGGGAGCACCUUGAUGCCUUGACACCCAUCCCAGAGCAAGAAGGUCCGUCAGACAGCACCUUUGCCAUGUUCGAAUUGAUGGGAUCCAAGGAGGUCGCCUACCAGAUGACGCUGUACGACUGGGAACUCUUCAACUGCGUUCACGAGUUUGAGUUUGUCUACCACACCUUUGGGCGGCAAAAGUUUGGCCAGAUUACGGCCAAUUUGGAUCUUUUUCUCCGUCGGUUCAACGAGGUUCAGUUCUGGGUCGUCACCGAGUUGUGUCUGACUAACAACGUCAGCAAGAGGGUCCAGCUGCUUAGAAAAUUCAUCAAGAUCGCUGCUUAUUGCAAGGAAUACCAGAACAUGAAUUCCUUCUUUGCCAUCGUCAUGGGAAUGAGUAACAUCGCUGUCUGUAGGCUCACGCAAACAUGGGAGAAACUACCGAGUCGUUUCAAGAAGACGUACGCGGAGUUUGAGGCCACGAUGGACCCAUCUCGCAACCAUCGCGUCUAUCGUCUCUCCGUCUCCCAGAUGCAGCCUCCCAUGAUCCCCUUCAUGCCUCUAGCCAUCAAGGACAUGUCCUUCACCCACGAGGGGAACAAGACCUACUUUGACGGCCUGGUUAACUUUGAGAAAAUGCACAUGAUUGCCUCCACCAUCCGAACCAUCAAAUAUUGCCGCAGUGAACCGUUCACUAUGGAUCCACCCCCACCAGUAAAGAACAUCAGCGAAAUCCGGAACUACGUCAGAAAUCUGCGUGUGGUAGACAACCAACGUGUAUUAACGCAACACUCUCACAAACUGGAGCCGCGGCGAUCGUGACAAUAACACCGAUCCACCACGGGGUUGCCCUCCCCGCACCAUCCGCCAAAAGAACUCUUGAUGAGCGUCACUUGGAACAGACUAACGUCCGCACGUGGAUCUUUUGUCUGCAGCUGUUGUCAAAGUUUUGGAAAUAAUGUGGGCACACGCUGACAAUAGACGCAGCCGUAGCUCUAGAUCGCCCGUUUGCGAUCCAGCUUAGCAUUUGCGAUUUUGAAGGAGCCAGACUAUGCCACGAAAUAUCUGAUGGAAGUAAAACAGUGAGAAUUUGUGAGCAUUGACAUGGAUACCUGAGCCAGUCUAUCAAGCAGUGUCAGGGAACCAGACUUGUGUAACGACGGCUGUUCAGCCAUCUGCAGAAUGGACCUAUCCGAGCUUAGCCCCGCCCACCUCUGGUUUGCGUACAUUUCUCGCAGUGCUCGUGGCCGAGUGUGACGAGGCUACCGCGGUCACCUGACCAAAAGAUGAGAUCUAAUUGGUCAAGGAAUGGUCCAUUACAAGCAUGUCCUUCAACAACAGUUCUGCUUGGUAUUAUUUAACGCUGAGGUGUAUUUACGCACCGAGUCUCAAACAAAACAAAAAUCUGCCAAAACUAAGGCAGAAAAACUGUACAGUAUUCCGUACUACCUAAACAAAUAAACCGUACUGCUGCAUUCUUAUAUGAGGUAUUUGUACAUUUUUGUAAGGUUGAAAUAUAUUACAAAACCCGAAAUGAAAAUUUGUAAUUAUUCAUAUUUUUCCAGAAUUAUUUAAAGACUUUUUGUACAUACUAGAAGUUUGUACAUAAUGGUUGUAUAAUUAUUUUGUUGAGGGCAGUUUUUUUUUUCUAUCGCCAGGUAUAACACUCUUUUGAGAAGGAAUUGCUAGUCUUGAAUACGUGGUAUUUACAAGAAUGAUUUUUUUCAGUACUGGAACUUGUCAUCCUCAAAGCAGUCAAGUUUUGUCUGCAUUUCUGACGUCAUUUGCGUUAAUUUUUUCUCGGUAGUAAAUAUAUCUCCUCGAAUUUGGUUAGCAAAAUGUAGUUUACAACCAGGCCCAAGCAAUACAAACGUCACCUGACAUGUCACCUGACAUGUUUGGCCGUCACCUGUUUUUACAAAUUGUAACCUGUUGCUAUUACAACACAUUAAAAUCUAGACUCUCACUUUAUUCAAGCAUUAUGUAUUUGUCUUGCCGAGUUUUUUAAGAAUGUGACUGCAAUAAAGUUGUCAAACUCUUAAUAAUAUAUUCCUUUUCAAAUAAUUCGAUAGCAGUUAUUUAUUAAAAAAAAAAGUUGCUAUGUUGCUAUUUAAUUUUGUCAGAAUUUUCCAAAUUUUAAUAGCAUUUCGUGGUGCUUCUAUUAAUACCAAAAUCCUUCGCUCCAAAUUCCAUUGAAUGUUGUCUUGACUGUUUUUCCCUUUGAAUUUAUGUAUUCGAAAUACAAUCGUUGGUUUAUUUGGUUAGGCCAAGUUAAAAAAAAACCAGUUUCUCGUUACCACCCGCUUUUUCCACAGCCUCCGCCUUUUUUUUUUCAUUCGAAUAUUUGCAAUAUUUUGUUAUUUUUGCAUGUUCUUCCAACAAAAUUUUAGCUAUGUGAGCAAGUUAAGAGUCUGUUAGAAAGUGUUACCGCUUAUUGGUCACAAAAGUAUCAGAAAAGAGUGAAGAAAGUUGAAGAAUCUAUCUUGGAAAAUCCGCCAUCUUUGAAAGAAAAAAGGCCUUUGUUUGUCAAAAACCCGGACGAGAAACUGUUUUCUUUUUUUACUUGGCCUUAAGUGUUUGUAACGCUGAAAGUGAUACUUUAUUUACAUUGUUUCUGAUGUAUGUGCGUGUCAUUUGGAUUGGUUAAAUUCAUGAGUAUUCCCCAAUUCUAAGCCUCUACAGUAAACGUUUUGAGUUGAUCGUCAUGAUUUAGUCUACUGCCGUUUCCACUCGCCCCAAAAUAACGAACUCAUCCAGGAGAUUUAUUCCAUUUAAUUUACAAUGUUUAAUUGUACCAUUUGAUUGAUUUCUCGCCUUAAUUGUGGUUUUUUUCCACAUACACAAUAGUGUGCAAUUUGAAAAAAAUAGAAAAAAAAUCAGGAUUUGGAAUUUCUGGGGCCAAUACACGUGGCCCCAAAAAAGGUAACCCACAAACAAUGGGAUAAUAAUUAUGAACAAACUAUGAAUUUAAUGAGCAUAAUUAUGGUUUUAUUGUAAAUUAUGAGCAGUAAGCUUUCCAUUGAUGUCUUG